AUGCGUCUUCAGUCUUGCCUCGCGCUGCUGCCAGUCGCGGUAGUUGCGGCCCCGAAUGCCUGUGCCGACAAGCAAUUCUGCCGCAUCAACUCAGGCGUCAUCGAUAGUCUGAAACAAGACAAGGCUGCUACUGCAUUCUGCGUUAGUUACCUAGGGCUUGACACUUUGACUGUCUCAACCACUUUCACGGCUGAGGCAGCGCCAGGCUACAACACAGAGUAUCUGACCACCACCGCGGAUGCGCUCACAAGGAUAGAAACUGCGCUUCAGGUCAUAACGCAGACACAGACUGUGACAGCUACUGCUGUUCAGACUGUUGCUACUAGCACUGUAACCUCCACGACUUCAACCUCGUAUAUCUCUUGCCUGAACAGCGCCUAUACUGCCGUUGCCCCUGUCGCAACCGUAGCCAGGCGAUCCAUUCAGGAUCAGAGACCAGCCUGUAUCCCCAAGGACUGGAACUCGAACAAGGUGUCUAGAGUUUGCUCAUGUCUCUCUGUCACUGCUCCGACAACUACCCUUACUGCAACAAAGUAUCAAACGCCAACUACUAUUGCUGUAACUGUCACUGAUACUGUUACACCUGUUAUAUCACUCACUGAAACCUCAAUUUCGACCUCAACGAGCAUCACAACAACCACUGUCAUCCAAACGACCACUAAGACCGUCACAGCUUACGCCGUAGCUACUUCUGUUUAUACUGGCGGCAAUGGUCUCAACUAUCGCAAAUUUACACACGAAUUUAAUGCUGAUGACCCAGACACAGGCUUCACGUCAACCUUCUUCAAAGGUCUAACGCCCGACUGGAGUGGCACCUUGGAUAUCCUCACUUUUGCCACAGUUGACUGGCCUAGUGUGACCCUUCUCACGCUACCCGAUGGCAGCAGCUUCGACUCCUCUCAGGCGGCCAUGGUUUUAAGUGGCUUCUUUGUCGCACAAGAGGAGGGCUUGUAUACGUUAGGGUCAAGCGGCGAUUACAUUGACAACUGGGGAUAUCUCUGGACAGGAAGCAAUGCUUAUCAGAAUUGGAACGACGACAAUACUGACUUCCAGGCGAGCCGUACCUCGUGGCCGUACGUGGGCGGAUCGGUCCAGAUUAACAUGAACCAGGGUGAUGCCAUCCCUUUGACGUGGCUUUGGGCAAACGGAGGUGGAGCAGGCCAGAGCUACUUUUCUAUUACAACUCCUAGUGGAGACUUUACUACUGAUACUACAGGAUACUUUGCACCAGCUUGCAAUACCAAUAUCUUUUCUUAA